AUUUUUGAGUUUUGAAACUUAGAGUAGUUGAGACUUUGAGAGCAAAUCUAAGAAGUACCUACUACUUAAAACGGCUAAUUUCGUAAAUCGUAAUAUUCUUAUUCUAAAAUAAUUGGAGAUUGCUUAUUUAAUGUUAAGUGUACUUACUUAAUACAGAACUGUGUCAACAGUAAUCUUUUGGUUUCAUCUCUAUUCUCUUGUGAACUGAUAUUGUGAAAAUAGUAAAUACCAAUUAAUAUUUAUUUAUUAAUUAUUAUCAUUUAUAAUUUUCUAUAAACUAUUAUAUUGUUCUAUAAAUAUUUUACUUUUUUUUGUUAUGUUAAUUCAAAAACCGUCUUAAAAUAUCAAUUAUCGAGUUACAGUCAUAGCGUUAUGGCUCCUCGAGGUAGAAAACCAAAAGCAAAAAACGAACAAGACUCUACAGAAUAUGAAAAAAAUCGUUUUAUCAUUUUACCAGAUGCUUUAACAAAAGAUAAAAGUACUGAUCUACAAUUAAUAAAACUGCGUCAUCCACAAACUAGUGAAUUGGCGAUUUUUGUGUAUUCAGAAAAAGAUAAAAAUCUAGCACAAAUGCGAUCAUUACCAUUUAGUCAUAGAUCAUUUUUCAAAGGCAAUAAACUCAUUCCUAUUGAUAGGAUUGAUUUUGUAACAUUAGUUGAUCCUCUGUUUCUUUUUCUACCGUAUUUUAUCAAAUGUUCUUCUAUGUUCAGUCCAUUGGAUCAAAUUUUAGUGGAUGAACAUCUUCCAGAGUUAAAUAACCUUCUAAUGAAAUUGUCUGAACUGACCAAUUUAAAUCAAGUUGCUACUAGAAAAGAAAUUGGAGAUUUAAUUCUGUGGAAGUAUAAUGAAAAUAGUACUUUAGAAUGGCUUACACCUAAAAUUGAUAAAGUUGCAAAAGUUUUAGUCACACAACAAAUAAAUGUUAAUCAAAACGCAGCCAUAUCAUCUUCAUUUAAACUGUGUGAAACAAGUAUACACUCAACUGACGAACAAUACAAAAGAUAUGCAUAUGAUAUAAUUUCGGAAUAUUUACAUAGUGAUAUUCAAAAAUCAUUGUUAAAACAUCUCGGGCUUCCAGAAAUAGUAGAAUCUAAUAAACGUAAAGCUGAUGAAAAUAGAGAUGUAAAUAAAAAAGUUAAACACAAUAAAGAUGAAUAUGACGAAAUGCCUCAUAAAGUUGAAAAGGUUGUCACUCCAAAGUUAACUGCUAAAGACAAAGCAUUAAAAAAAGCUGCAACUGGGACAAAAUCAAUAUCAUCAUUUUUUAAAAAAAGUUCAUAAAUCAUAAUUGUAUGUGAUUAUGAAAUGGCAUAUGAUUAGUAUAACUUUUCUUGUCAUUGCUAUAGUAUUUAGUAUUUUUUUUUUUUUUUAGUUAUGUGAAUUUAUAAUUUUUCAAUAAUGUAUGUACAUAAUAUUUGUAAAAUAAUAAUUAAUUAUUGUCUAUUAAAAUAAAUUCAAUAUUAAAUUUA